AUGUCUUACUCAAAUCACCCCCUCAGCCCUGGCGGCGGGGCUGGCGGGGCGCCCUCGAAGCGUGACAAGCGCCGCACUGCGCUGCAGGAGAGACUCCAGGAACUCACUGGGCAAUUCAGCAAUAACCGCGACAUUCAGUUCCGCCAGCAACUGCAUGCCCUCCAGUGUGAUAUGACCCUUAUUAAUAAUGCCGACCCAUAUAUUACUGGGCCACUUUCGGACUCUGCAGAAAGCAUUGCUUCGCUCAUUGAGGAGACUGUGGGUGGUGGCAGCAAAUUCGCCAAGGAGAUGGCAGGCCUUGCUGGGACCUGGUACUCUAGGUUUGUGCAGCAGAUCAAUGAAAUCAAGGAGAAGAGGGAUGCAGAGCUGGUUCAAACUAUGAAUGGAUACAACGACAUCCUUGAACGACAAGGCCGGGAGCACGACUUCCGUGUUUACUUCGCAAAGGAAGAAUUCAACCAGCUUUCCUCGACUCUACGCGAGCGAUUGAUGCAGACCAUCUCCGGCAAGCGCGCUCGUCUCAUGCGCGAAAAGGAGCAGCUUGAUAUCGCGGAUACCAACGCCCUCCUUCACCACCCCAACCAGUUCAGCAUCACAAACCCUGCAAGCCCCGGCGGCAUCCACAGCAAUCGCAAGACCCGACACACUCGCCACCGCGUGGAUCUGGACGAACUUGGCAAUGGUGUGAUCUCGGAGCUGAACAAGCGCAAGCGCAAGGGCCCUGAGGAGGAAGCAGGCACGCCCCCGCGGGACGCGGGCGAUGCCACUCCCGCUAAGCGCCAUAAGGUUGAGGUCGCAAAGGAGCAGAUGGCACCCACUUACUCCAUCAACUCGCUCUUUACCGAUAAGGAACUCAGUGCGCACGCAAACCAAGCACACGUCGCGGCAGUCCACUUCUUCUCCACCUCUAAGCGCCCAGAUCACGGAUCUGGUGCGGUGACCAAUGGUAACAAUACCGAUGCCGAGGACACCCCCGAAGGUACUGGACAUGAAGACAAUGGCACCCCGAGCGCCGCCGAUAUGAUGCGCACUGCCAGCCACAACUUCCACGCUACCAGGUCGACGCGCACCACUGCCGCACACAGUGCCCUCAGCGCCCUCGCUGAUUUGGCUGAUAAACCCGCCACCCGCCCGAACCUCCCAUACCACGUCCUCUCCAAUCACCACGCUCGACCCAACGGCAACGCACCCCCCUUGACAGCACUGAUGAACGAGGAAGUCGACGACGACUGCGCCCGCAUCAGUCGACUCACCGCCAAGCCAAAUUCCUGGAUCGACUCAUCACUAGUUGAGCUCGUUGCAGCACCUCUUCCCGCUUCAACGGAGCCGAUCGAUGGCCACCCGCCCGACCCUGCCAUCUACAGCCAGCUGCAUCCCGAUUUCUCGCCUUCCAUGGGUAUCGACUGGACACCGGGGGCUCAUAACGCUGGCCUGGAGAUGUUUCCACCUGCAGCCAUGGAUCGCAAUCGCAAGCGUACCCGCAACCAUUAA